AUGACCGCUUUCGUUGCAUUCUGCCUUGCAUUGGUGUCCCAAGGCCUCACUGCCUGGGCUCUCGGUUUCACAGCCUCCGCAAACCUUGUUCGACCUGUUAUUGCAGCGGUUGUCGCUUUGCUUACCUGGUUCUUCAAUCAGGCCAUUCUCGAUGCAUUGCCCAGUCGCCUACAUGUGGCGUUGCUGUCUACAGGAAUGUGGAUUCAAUGCUUGAAGACGUUUGACGAUCUCUGCCUGAGCAGGUUGUCUUUCGAGGGUACAUCGCCGUCGCUGACCAAACGCUUGUCCUUUGGGGUAAGCAACCUUUGGAACAUGCGUGGUGUUGGUACGAGUAAACAGAUAUCCCAAAUCCCUCCCUGGUCUAGCCAGACACCCUCUCUCGUACCGUCCCGAACCCAGGAGCUUAGAAGACAUGCAAGGAAUUCCAUCAUCAGCUAUCUCAUCCUCGAUGUCUUUGCCGCCCAACCACCCCCAGAUCCCAACAUGAUAUCUCCUCAGAAUGAACACUUGCUGACACGCAUCGGCCAAAUCAUGCCCGAGGAGGCAAUCUUUCGCUUCUUUGCCACCUUUGGCUUCUGGCUCAACACCUUCUGCGUCAUUCACCUUAUCAACAGUACUUUUUCGCUCCUGUACCUCAGCCUAAACUUGUACCCCGUCGAAAUGCUACCCCCAAUCUGGGGGCGCCUCUCCGAGGCUUAUAGCGUUAGGCGCUUCUGGGGUAAUUUCUGGCAUCAGACGCUACGACGUCACCUCACCUCCCUUUCAGACUUCCUUGUCCAUGGGAUUCUUCACAUGCCAAAGGGUCUUGUUGCUCGUUACUGCAAGCUUAUCAUAUGCUUCUUUAUUUCUGGGGCUUUACAUUUCCCCGCUGAUAGAGCGCUUGGGAUAUCUGCAAAGGAGACUAACGUUAUCAACUAUUUCCUUACGACAGCGCUGGUGAUUAUGUGUGAGGAUGGAGUUCAGCAUGCCUUUCGGGGCGUGCGGGGAACUUGGUCGACACGGUUUGGCUACUUUUGGGUUAUGUGUUACAUGUACUUGAUGACCCCAUCAUGGGCAUAUCCCGCUGCAAGAGUUGUCAAACCUGGAGACCAAUUGGUCUCCUUCUCUGUUAUCAAGCAGUUCAUACAAUAG